GAAAUCUUGAAAACUGCAAAGCGAUCAAGCUCGAAAACUGCAAAGCGAUCAAGCUGGAAAACUGCAAGCAGCCGAGCAGACAUAGGAAAACCACGGAUCGCAGUAAAAAAGUGUGAAGGUGUAUGAUGCAGAUGUCGUACAAGGUUGAAGCCGUUCCCGAUGCCCACGCCGACCUGGGCGAGGGUCCCCACUGGGAUGCUGAUAGCCAGAGUCUGUACUAUGUGAACCUCGAAUCGGCAGGCAUUCAUCGCUACGAUUUCAAGCAGAACACGGUUUACAAGGCAAAAAUCGAGGGCGAGGAGGUUGCCUCCUUCAUUCUGCCGGUUGAGAACAAACCGCAGGAGUUCGCCGUAGGAUGCGGUCGUCGCACGGUCAUCGUCCACUGGGAUGGAGUCUCCGCAGUGGCCAAGGUUACUCGGACCCUUUUCGAGGUGCAGCCGGUCCAUGAGGACACCCGCAUCAAUGAUGCCAAAGCUGAUCCAAACGGGCGUUUUUACGGUGGCACAAUGUCCCUCAGUGGCGACGUCUUCACCCAAUGGAAGGGUGAGCUCUUCAGCUGGCAGGCCGGUGGGCAGUCAAAGUCCCUUCGGGACAAGGUGGGAUCCAAUGGCCUGGCCUGGGAUGCCAAGGCCAAGAAGUUCUACUACGUCGACACCAACAAUUUCGAGGUGGUGGCCUAUGACUAUAAUCAGAGCACUGGAGACGUAAGCAACCCAAAGGUCAUCUUCGAUUUGAGGAAAAUCCGUCCCGAAGGACCAUUGUGGCCUGAUGGCAUGACGAUUGAUACCGAGGGCAAUAUCUACGUGGCCACCUUCAACGGUGGAGCCGUCUUCAAGGUCAAUCCAAGCACCGGUAAAAUCCUGAUGGAAAUCAAGAUUCCAACCAAACAAAUCACCUCCGUGGCGUUUGGAGGUCCCAACUUGGAUAUUUUGUAUGUGACAACCGCCAACAAAUUCGACCAGCCCAAACCAGCUGGCACCACCUACCAGGUCACUGGGCUCAAUGCCAAGGGUUACGGCGGCGUUAGUUUGAGGAUCUAGAUUGUAGUGUACUUGAAUACAUGCAUUUAACUAAAUAAUCAAACGCUUGCUCGUUUACUAAAGUUGGUGUUUCUCUUAUUUUUGGUAUUUCAAUAAUCUAGCAAAGGAAAAAGCCAUAGUCGACUAUCAGAUACCUGUUACACAGCUAGGAAAAAAACAAUUAAAUGAAAAACAAGAGAAACCGCUACAGU